CAGCGGCGGGCAGUGCGCAGGCGCCGCCGGGCACUCGCGUCCGCCAUGGCUCAGGUGCAGGUGCGGUUCCGCACUGACGACAAGAGAUAUGAAGUAGAUGAUAUACCAUUCUCUGUGCCAGCUGCAUCUGAAGUUAUUGACCUCAGUAAAAUCAUCAAUAAGCUUCUGGAAGCUAAACAUGUUAAUCACAAGCAUGCAGACUUUGAUUUCCUCAUCAAGGGCCAGUUCCUGCGGGUGCCACUGGGUAAACACAUGGAACUGGAGAACAUUUCAACUGAAGAGGUGGUUGAGAUUGAAUAUGUAGAACGAUACAGCGCCCCUCAGCCAGAAGAGUGUUUCUUCCACGAUGACUGGGUCAGUGCUGUGGAGGCACAAGGCGAUUGGAUUCUCACAGGUUCAUAUGAUAAAACUGCUCGUAUCUGGACAUUAGACGGCCGACCACUUGUGGCUCUUUCUGGACAUACUGAAGUAGUCAAAGAUGUUGCAUGGAUAAGGAAAGGUGGUCCCAGCAGUUUGCUGCUCACUGCCUCUCAGGACCAGAGUGUUAUUUUAUGGGAAUGGAACUGUGAAAAGAACAAAGUGAAGGCAUUGCACUCUUGUCGAGGACAUGCUGCUAGUGUGGAAUCAAUUGCUGUGGACAGCUCCAAAACUAAAUUUUGCAGUGGCUCAUGGGACAAGAUGGUAAAGAUUUGGUCAACAGUUCCCAAUGAAGAUGAAGAAAUGGUGGAGGAGUCCGAAAACAGACCGAGGAAGAAACAGAAAACUGAACAACUGGGAUUAACAAGAACCCCCAUGAUGACACUGUCUGGUCACACUGAAGCAGUUUCUUCAGUCCUGUGGUCUGAUACUGAGGAACUAUGUAGUGCAUCUUGGGAUCACACCAUAAAGAUAUGGGAUGCUGAGACUGGAGCCCAGAAGUGUACCCUGACUGGGAAUAAAGUGUUUAACUGCAUCUCUUAUUCCACUCUGUGCAAAAGGCUGGCAUCAGGCAGCACAGACAGGCACAUCAGGCUGUGGGACCCACGCUCAAAAGAUGGCUCUCUAGUUUUGCUUUCUCUAACGUCACACAAUGGAUGGGUAACAGCAGUCCAGUGGUCACCCAUGAAUGAAUAUCAGUUGAUUUCAGGUUCUUUUGACAAAUUGGUCAAGCUCUGGGACACACGAAGUUGCAAGGCCCCGUUAUAUGAUAUGAAUGCACAUGAAGAUAGAGUACUUUGUGUGGACUGGACAGAGACUGGGUUGCUGUUAAGUGGUGGAGCAGACAACAAAUUAUUCCUGUUCAGGUAUUUGACUCCCACUUCUGGAGAUGGAGCAUGAGGAGAACAGUAAACAAUGGAGAACAAAAACACCACCCGUGGAGACCAUCAGAUUAAUACUACUACAUUUCUCUUAAAGCAGCUUACAACAAAUUGAAAAAGAUCUGUUUGCCUGCUCUGUCUCUAUGACCAACCGUGUAAGGUUAUUUGAGAAAUGCCGAUGGGACUAAAAUGUUGAAAUCUGGAUUGUGA